AUGCAAGGAGUCAACUCACCCCCUAAACGCUCGGCUCAGCUGAGGAGCGACCGUGACGUUCAGAAUUUGGUCAAGUACAAUCUGUUCGACUACAAGCACCUUUGCAGAGACCUCCUUCAAAGAGUCAUAGAACAUGAUCCUGCAGAUUCACAUGCGUUUCACAACCUGGGCACUCUGCUGUCGGCCGACGAGGUGAUCCAGGUGCAGCUGCAAGGUGGAUCCAGGGAGUUUACCCAGAAAGAUCUAUUCUUGGAGUCCAUCAGGCUGGACAACGGCUAUGCACUUGCAUACUACAACCUGGGCUUUUUGCUGUCGGCCGACGAGGUGAUCCAGGUGCAGCUGCAAGGUGGAUCCAGGGAGUUUACCAAGAAAGGUCUGUACUUGGACUCCAUCAGGCUGGACAACGGCCAUACACGUGCAUACUUCAACCUGGGCACUCUGCUGUCGGCCGACGAGGUGAUCCAGGUGCUGGACAACGGCUGUGCACUUGCAUACUUCAACCUGGGCACUCUGCUGUCGGCCGACGAGGUGAUCCAGGUGGAGCUGCAAGGUGGGUUUCGAGAGUUUACCAAGCAGGUGGGCGAGACGGCCAAGGCGGUGAUGCCGGACGAGAUCACGGAGCCGCGCUUCCUGCAGGACUGGAAACAGGAGAUCCUCGAAGUGGCCGAAUAUGCCAAUGAACUUGGAUGUUUCCUCUCGGGAGGCGGCUCCGAGUCGCCGCAGGACUACGUGGGACUUACCCACAACAACCUGCAGAUCGACAACGCCUUCUUCUGGCGAAACGAACAGAACGAGGUGGAAGUUGGUUUGUUGGAUUGGGGCAUCCUGGGUUGUGGACCUCUGAGUGGAGCCAUGCAAGGCUGCAUUUCUGGUGCCUCCACUGAAGUCUUGCUGGAGCACCGAGAUGUCUUUCUGAGGGCCUUCAUCGACAGCUACGCGGAGAAUGGUGGGCCCCGAUUGGAUCUGGAGCGCUUCAAAACGAUGUCCAAUCUGCAGAUGUUGAUGUGGUCAAUGAACAUCACCAGCAAUGUGUCGCAGGUGUUGAAGUUCACCAGACCAACGGAAUGGGCCGAGAUCAAAGAUUGGAUGGAUCCAAGGUUAUUGGAUCGUUUCCAGACCCGAGCCCACACCACGCAGUUUAAAGAAGCCUUGCAGCUCUACAAGAAGUGGAACCUCUAUGGCGUUUUCCAGAAAUGGAGGCAGGAAAAUGGCCUCCCCAAAAAGGGAUGA